AAUGAAGAUGCACUUUUGCUGCUUUUGAAAAGUAGUGUGUUGGAGCUGAUCUGUUCAGCUGGACUUCAGUAGCAGGCAAAGUACAACCGCAGAGAAUGAGCUCAUUCAUUCGUGCGCGUGUGUUUCUUUGCCAAGCUUCACUUGAAAGGAGAGCAUUACAGCUCUGAAGUGUAUUGCUGCAAAAGGCCUGACAUAGAAGGAAGAUGCUGUUGAAGAGUUCAGCGGGAUUUAUUGUGCUGCUGCUCUCUCACUGCACUGCAUCAGCGAGCACCAAAGAGGCAGUGGCCUUGGCUAAUGCUCACCUUCUCCCCCAAAGAGGCUCUGAGAGACUGGCUAACAUCAGUGACGAAGUCUACCCAAGGGAUUGCUUUGAGAUUUUUCAGCGCUCCUCAGGAAGUUCCAAAGAUGGUCUUUAUAUCAUCCAACCAAAGGAAGACCCAAUUGUUGUCUAUUGUAAUAUGCAGGAUGGUGGCUGGACAGUUAUCCAGCACAUUACAGCCAAUAGUACUGUUGACUUCGACAGGACCUGGCAGGAUUACAAGUAUGGAUUUGGCUCCGUUCAAGACAACUACUGGUUAGGAAAUGAAUACAUGCAUCAGUUAACUAGCAGUUCCACACAGUAUAUACUUGGAGUCAAGCUUGUAGACCUAAAUGCUGAAAUCAAAUGGGGACAGUAUGAACCAUUCCUUAUUGAAGAUGAAGAGUCUCAAUACCGAAUCAGGGUUGGUCUGUACCAAGGCAAUGCCACUGAUGCUCUGACCCUGGAUACAGAAGCUUAUCUCCAUGACAACCAGAAGUUCACCACCAAGGACAGAGACAAUGAUAAUUUCUUCCAGAACUGCGCUAAAUUAGAACACAACGGCAUUGCAGGAGGAGGCUGGUGGUAUGACGCGUGCGCUGGCGCAAAUCUGAACCGUAGGGACGUGAUAUACUGGCAGAAGGACUGCAACAGGAUACGUGUGUGCAAGUUUGCAUGGAUGAUGAUCAAACCCAUUGACCGUGGCUUGUCAUAUAUAACUGAGUCUUGUCCAUGUCAGAAAGACGAACUGUAGAUAAACCAU